AUGGAGGACAGUGAUCGGCAUCCGGAGUCAGCAGAAGAGGAGGAAGAAGUCGUAAACGCUCCUGAUCACGCCAUGGCAGGAAGUAAGAUAAUUGAGCCGUUCAAACCGGGAGCCGCGGAGGCUUGGGAUUCCUAUCUCCAACGUUUUGGUUUUGCUGCUGCCGCGCAAGGAAUCACCAACAGCGACAGGAAGAAGGCUGUUUUUCUGAGUUGCUGCGGUGCCGAAGUUUUCGAGUUGGCCCGAGGGUUGGUGGCUCCUCUCACGCUAGAAACAGCGACGCUGGCGCAGAUAACAGACCAACUUACGAGGCACCUGGCCCCAGCAGCAACUAAGACAACACGCCGCAUAGAGUUCCAUAAUAGGAGGCAGAAGGAUGGCGAAUCGGUCUCCAUGUUCCUUGCUGAGCUGAAGGUCCUGGCGAGGCAAUGUCAGUUCGUGGCUCUUGAGGAGGCGCUGCUUGACCAGUUCAUUGGCGGCCUGAGCAGUAGUAAGGCCCGCCGUCGAAUCGCUGCAAAGGAAGAGGUGGAUCUAGCAACGGCAGUGCGCGAGGCCUUAGCCACGGAGACCGCAGAGGGGGAAAAGCAGAAAACCCCACAACGAAGCACCAGGCCGGCAGCAGAAACAGCCCACGCUAUGUGCAGCCAGGAGUCCAGCCCGUCCCAGAGUCCAUCCCGCGCCGUUGGAUCCCUGGGGGCUGGUUCAUCGGGAACAAAGGGAAGAAAACUAGAAUGCCCCGGUUGUGGGGGUGCGCACGAACGUCGGAAGUGCCGGUUCCGGAAUGCCACGUGCCGCAUUUGCGGAAAAAUGGGCCACAUUGCUCGGGUAUGCAGGUCGGCUACCGGGGGAACAUCAGGAUCCCCGCGAUCGUCCCGGCGACAGGAAAACUCAUCGGCACACGUUGUGGACGACUGCAACUACCUCACCGAGAUUGAGGGCAAGACUGUUCAGUUUCCUGCUCAGGGGAAGGCAUCAUUCCAGGUCAGCAUUGAGGGCCACCCUUGCCAGAUGGAGGUAGAUUCUGGGUCAGGAUUCACAAUUGUCUCCGACAAAACAGCGAGGUCGUUUUUUUUAGGGGGUAAGCUUCCUCCAUUGGAGCCAUUCCCCGCCACAUUACAAUCGUACUCGGCCUGCCGGAUACACAUCCUUGGAAUGUGUUCCGUCAAUGUAAGUUUUAAAAACAAAAGGGCUGUGCUUAAGCUGGUGAUUGCCAAGGGAAAGCGCACUAGCCUAUUGGGAACAGACUGGUUUCCUGCUUUAGGGCUGGGCAUAUCUGGGUUGAACGCCAUAACAAUAGCCCCAAACACAUUUGAGAAGCUUUAUGAGGAGUUCACACCUUUAUUUGAUGGCAGUCUGGGGUGCUAUAAAGGGCCCCCCAUUAAUUUUGAGUUGGACCAAGGGGUGACUCCAGUCCGCCUUAAACCAAGACGGGUACCAUUUGCCUUGCAGCCCAAGAUAGAGGCAGAACUCGACAAACUAGUCCAGCAAAAGGUAUUGGAACCAGUUGACUCAGCGCGGUGGGAAACCCCAAUAGUGACCCCGCUAAAGGCAAACGGGGAAGUGCGUAUCUGCGCAGACUAUAAAUGCACAAUAAAUAAGGCAAUUCGGGGAAAUUCUUACCCCAUUCCAGUGGUGUCGCAACUGCUAGCAAAGUUGGCGGGAGGCAAGGUAUUUGCAAAAAUUGAUCUUGCCCAGGCGUACCAGCAGUUACCUGUAACACCACAGACCGCAGAGGCUCAGACUAUUGUAACCCACAAAGGAACAUUUAAGGUAAACCGAUUGCAAUUUGGAGUAAGUGUAGCUCCGGGAAUAUUCCAGGGCAUUAUGGAAAGGUUAUUAAGGGAAGUACCGGGCACACUCGUGUAUUUUGAUGAUGUCCUAAUAUCGGGGAGGAACCCCCACGAGUUGGAAAGCCGCAUCAGACAGGUGCUUUACAAGUUCCAGGAAGCUGGACUCCAUCUAAAAAAGGAGAAAUGUAUUUUUGGAGUUCCUACGGUGGAUUUCCUCGGUUACACCAUUGAUGCUGAGGGAGUGCACCCCAUGGAAAGCAAGGUUAGGGCCAUCGCUAAUGCACCCAAACCCAGCAACAAAACGGAACUCCAAUCAUUUUUGGGUCUGGUAAACUUUUACCAUGCGUUUUUACCGCACAAAGCAGCGGUGGCAGAGCCCUUGCACAGGCUUCUGCAGAAGAAGUGCGUCUGGCAUUGGGGAAAGCCGCAACAAAAGGCUUUCGAAACCAUAAGGGGAAUGUUGUCUGCUGAGAGCGUUUUGGCACAUUAUGACGAAACGAAGCCCCUCAUACUUGCUUGUGAUGCAUCGCAAUAUGGGUUGGGAGCUGUGCUCAGCCACAGAGAGGCGGAUGGGUCAGACAGACCCAUCUCAUUCUAUUCAAGGACUCUUACUUCCACCGAGAGGAACUACGCGCAGAUUGACAGAGAGGCAUUGGCUGUGGUAGCGGGGGUUAAGAAAUUCUAUGACUAUGUGUAUGGGCGAUCGUUCCUAAUCGAAACGGACCACAAGCCAUUACUGGGCCUGUUUAACCCCAACAAACAAACUCCUCAAAUCCUGUCUCCUAGAAUGCUCAGGUGGUCGAUCUUUUUAAAUGGGUUCCAAUAUAAAAUAUGUCAUGUGAAAGGGAAAUUGCUCUGUCACGCAGACGCCCUCAGCCGGCUGCCACUCCAGGGAACUGGUGAUUGUGAUCCAGCACCAGCCGAACAGGUCACGAUGUUGGAAACUCUGCCAGGCGCUCCUGUGACCGCGGAAGAAGUGGUGGCCAGGAUGCGAAAGGACCCCACACUUUCCCGAGUCCUCGCCUGGGUAGGGAGGGGGUGGCCCAGUGGGGGCCAAGAAGAAAAAUUCCGCCCAUUCGUAAUGCGGCAGCAUGAGUUGUCACUUCAUAAGGGGUGCAUACUGUGGGGGGACAGGGUGGUCAUUCCCAACCCACUGAGGAAUCGCAUUCUAGAGACCUUGCACAUGGGGCACCCGGGAAUGGUCAGAAUGAAAUCCCUGGCACGUUGUUAUGUGUGGUGGCCAGGGAUGGAUAAGGAAAUAGAAAUGUGGGUAAACACGUGCAAAACAUGCCAAGAGGUUCGACCUGAGGUUCCCGGGGCACCUAUUCAUUGGUGGGAACAGUCAAAGGCGCCAUGGAACCGUCUUCACAUAGAUUUCGCGGGCCCCUUUCAAGGGAAAACAUUUUUGGUUGUGGUCGACGCAUACUCGAAAUGGUUGGAGGUAGCCUUAGUUUCCAGUCCCACAUCAGCAGCCGUUAUCAAAGUUUUAAGGCGCUUGUUUGCCACGCAUGCAGAACGAAUGGUGCGAACCGCAAAAGGGGCUAUUUCACGUCUAAUGGAGGGUGACUGGGCAGCCCGGAUAGCUCGUAUGCUAUUCUUGCAGCACGCCACACCCUGCACAGCCACUGGGAAAUCACCAGCUGAGCUGCUGUUAGGCCGAAGGUUGGUGACAGUCCUGGACUUUGUGCAUCCAGAUAGGAUGCCCUCGCGUCCUGCACGGGAGCCACCCCCACCUGAAGGGGAUAGAACGAGACACUUUAAUCCGGAGGAUCUCGUGUGGGUGAGAAAUUAUGCCAGAGGUCCGAUUUGGGUUCCGGGAGUCAUUUCACGGGCCACCGGUCCCGUGUCAUAUCAUGUCACGUUAUCACAAGGUCAGGUCUGGCGCAGGCAUGUGGAUCAGCUGAGACGCAGGAUACCCAGCCGGAGUGAUGCCGAGGAACCUAACGCCUCUGCAUUAAAUGGGGAGUCGCCAUCCCCGAGCCAGGUAGAGACACCUGCACUGGUUAAUGCCCCGCCAGGGCGGACAGUCGGUGCACUACCCGCUGAAAACACAGAGUUGGCGGAAGAAAAUGAGCUGAGGGAACCAUUAGCAGGGACAGGGGUAGCCAAUACACCCGAGGAGAUCCCUCAGCCGCCAAUACCUCAGGUCACAACACCAGAGGUGAGACGAUCGGGUAGAGAUCGCAGGAAGCCACAGUUCCUGAAAGACUACGUGUGUCAUUCCCGCUAA